UUUUUGAAACACUUUCGAAUUUUAGUGUUCAACUGAGCCAAAGAACGAUGCUGCGUAUUCUCGUUUUAAUUGCAGUGGUUGGCAUAGCUCUCUCUUUGCCGAAAGAGAAAGUAUUUCAAAAAAGGAGUUACGAUCCAUCUAUGGUUGCAUUCUGGCCUUUGAAUGCAGAGCAAGGCACCAUUGAUCAAAUCGAUUCAAAUGACGGUCUUCCAACUGGUGUUACAGUUGAUAAUACAAAACAUGGUGAUAUUUGUAGUGCGUACAGCUUCUCUGGUAAUAGCGGAUCAUACAUCGAAUUUCCCAACAACGGUAGAUUCGAUACACGCUUUUCAACAACAUUGCUGGUAUACGUUUACCCCACCGGUGUAGCAGGUCCACUAUUUCAUUAUAAGCGAAAUAACUGGGGGAGCCAUUUGUGGCAAACCGGUCCCAAUGAGGGAUUUGUCCGCCUGACAGGACGCAACGACUUUUCAUCUACUGCAGAACUAAAAGCCAAUGUACUCGUCCAGAACGACUGGAAUUUUUUUGGCGUAACGUACGACUACUACAGUGGCGAGGAAAAACUAUAUUUGAAUGGUGCUGUAGUGAAAAGUGGUAAUAUUGGUUCAGUGGAAAUUGAAACUCAGUACGAAGCUCGUAUGGGAGCGGUUACUUUCGAUUCCCGGUAUUAUAAAGGUUUGGUAACAUGUAUGCAAGUAUAUAAUCGUGCGUUGUCGCCUGACGAAAUAAUAGAAGCUGAGAAGCUAUGUACUAAAUGUCCAGCAGUUGUAAGUGGUGAUCCUCAUUUGACAACUUUUGACGGACGUGCAUAUAGUUUCCAAGGUACGUGUUGGCAUACACUGGUAAAAGACUGCUCCAAUACUAAUCCUGAAUUUGAAAUCCGUGCUCAUUUUGCUCCCCGGGAUGAUAUUGACGGUCUGAAGACGAGAACUGUUGCUGUGAAUGUAACUGUUGGCAAAGAAAGCAUCAUUGUGGACAAAAACAACAAAGUAUCUGGUAAUAACAACGAUUUUAAGCCCUGGAAAAGACAAAUAGAUGUUAGCUCCAAUAACAAUACUGUGAUGAUAUCAUUCACGGUGAAGGAUACCACGUUCACUUUGCAUUGGAAUGGAAGGAAACACAUCUUCACUGCAGACGUUUCUGGAACAGCAUACCGUGGAAAAGUUGGUGGUUUGCUUGGCAACGCUGAUGGUGAUUCCCACAAUGAUUUCAUGAUGUCUGAUGGCAAAGUUUCCAAAGAUGUGAAUGAAUUUGGAGAUACUUGGAAAGUAGCUGACAUGAGAUGUGAGUAGAAAUAUCACAUCGAUGGAUUGCAUGGUUCAAUAGAUCGGUUUCGUGGUUUGGGAUUUUUAAUCAAAUGAAAUUUAGGGUCUAAUCAUAACUGUUUCAUUAGAAAUGAUCUUUUUUCUGAUCAUCAUAAUAUAUAUUAGCUGGUCAUUUCAAAAUGAUACAUAUCAUAUGAGUUACUGCAUAGCAAUGUUCAAUCUAACAGUACACUGUUGUACUUUUUUCAGUUUCUAUUACAAUAGCAAAAGUACUUAUACUUAGCAAGCUUGAAGGUAUAUUUUAUUCAAUUUUAGUUUUGGGUGAAAUGCAUGACUAUAUAUUCAAAAAUAGUUUAUGUAAAAUCAUGCUUGUUCGAGAAUUGCUGUACAAAAUAUAAUAAUUAAAAUACAUAAAGGGGAA